CUGCUAUCUCCGGAAAUGAGAAAUCCGCCAUACUUUUAUUUUCUGGUAAAAAAUCAGAAGCACAGCCAUAACACGAGAGACGCGAGUCGUGAGAAGUAUGGUAGGAGAUCGCAGUGCUCACAAUUAAAUUUUCACAAUCUCUUUUUAAUCAGGUGCUCAACGAGGCACAAUCGCAAUUGCAGCCCUUGAAAGUCCAAUAUUGCCUUUGCUGUAUGCCACUUCUUUAAAUAUUGAUAUUGAAAAUGGCUGCAGCUAGCAUGUUGGUCAACGUGACCCAUAUUGACGACUCCGUUCGUGGUCGUCAAGGGCCAUGUGUGUAUUUCUGGGGUUCCACACAUGAUCGGAGUUUGUAUUUGACGAUGGAGCUGUAUCUGGAAUCCAUCAGGCAACAUUUAGAAUCGAAAGUUCCACCUAUGAAUCUUAGUGACCUGGACAGUAACGAGAUUUUUUGUGUACUCAUCAAUCACCGUUGGCAUAGAGCAACAGUACCUGAAUUGAAGUUUAACCGUUCUGGAAUGCUUGAAGUCUACUGUGUUGAUUCCGGGAAAACACAUACAGUUCCUCUCAUUUUCCUUCGGACUCUGGACAUUCCUGGUUAUGAAGCAGAAAACAUCCGUGACUGCCCCCCUCUUGCUAGUAAAUUCAUACUUGCUGAUGCAGUUGCUCCAUUUGGCCUUGGAACUCAUACUCGACAAUGGAGUGAUUUAGCAAUGACGUUUUUAAAAAUCCAUGUCGAAAAUGAAAUCUGGAAAGCUAUCCCCAUGGCAAUGUAUGGUGAACAUCAAGGCGUAAGGUUGUUUGAUUCGAACAAUCAGCUUCUGGCAAGUGCCCUGGUCCAACAAGGGCUAGGAGUAGCAGCUCAAUCCUACCAUGAAGCUUUAGCCAUGUGCGAGACAAUGGAAAAGCAACCUUCAUUCAUGAAACCUGCAUUCUACAGUUAUCCAGUAAUGAAAUUGUUUCCUGCUGGAUGCAACAUGUCAUCUCUAAGUGGUCCUUUACGACCUAAUUUUGCCAUCCCUUCUGCUCAGCAAAACUUGCCAACGGUUUCUACUAGGACGUACGUGACCAACAAUCUUCCUCUAAAAGAACGCUAUGACGUCGUUGUCACGCAUAUUUCAGAAGGGCCUUUUCAAUUCUUCGUUCGAAUGAAGAGCGAAACUAAAAAUCUUCAAGAAAUACGCAAGCAUCUAGAUUCCAUGGUUCCAACUCCAUUUCAAGGAACGCCUCUUGGCUCGGCGUGUGUCGCGGUCUCCCCAUCUGACCAACUCUUUCAUCGUGGAUUGAUAACGGGUAUGAAGGAUUUUGGAACACCGUCCUGCAAGUACUCCGUCUUCUUCGUCGAUAUCGGAACACAGAUUCCUAUUGAUCGUGCCUUAAUUUAUGACAUCCCAGACGAGCUCUUGGUACCGUGCCUCUGUGCAUAUCGCGUCUCUUUAUUUGGAGUGGAGAAUAUUUCGAAAUUGCCUGGUCUGAAUCGAAUUUUCGCUGCAUUGGUGAACAAAGAAAGUAAUCUUAAGGCCGAAGUUGAAGACGACGAAAGGCAGCAAAUCAGCCUGUAUAUCUCUGGUCGUAGUAUAUGCGAUAUUCUUGCUGCAAUUUAUUCGAAUCCCCAGGAUAACAGUCCCAUUUCAAGUGUGACGUCAACAUCUACUCUCCUAUUGUCAACAGUUGCUGUUCCCUUUUCUGUGGUUCAGAUGCCACGUUUGAAUUUGGCUGCGGAGGAGAGCGUUUUUGUUACUGACGCUGGAACGUCUGGCUAUUUUUUUGGGCAGCUUGAGGAAAUAAGGCUACCAAAUUCAAAGACAGGAUGCGGCCUUAAGGAUCUCAACGAUAUGGCUGAUGAGCUAAAAAAUGCUUAUUCUACUCAAGCGAAUCCUCCCCUUCUAUAUGCUGGUAGCGAAAGUCGAUUGGGCCACCAUGGAGUUGUUGUUUGGGAAGAAGAUGGUGUAUACUAUCGCGUCCGAGUAACAAAGGAAAUGGGAAAUGAGGCCGAAAUACUAUUUAUCGACUUCGGAAAUACCAUUGUUGUACCACGCCACACAAUUCUGUCACCUAUAAAAUCUUUGACUCGGUUCUGCCAUCCGCCGUAUGGAAUUCAUUGCAAACUGGAAGAAGGCGUGGCUCUUCCCUCCCAGAAAUGGAAGCAUCUCAUCGUGGAUCGAUGGAUUAAAGUGAAGAUCGGACGUUGUGUGGAAGGGAUAUACUCUGUCACAUUCACUAGUGAUCUAGGCAAUGGCAUCAUUGCCACGAAAAUUCAGAAUGCUGUUUCUAGACCGAAUGCCGUAGAACUUGUUAACAAACAGAAAAAACAGGCAGAAUCUGUUGUUCUAGAAUCGGUGGCUAAAAUUCUGACUUCGAUCCCAAUCAGUGAUGACCGCCUUAUCAAGAGUAGCAACAACGGAAAUUUCUCGGUAACGAUAAAAAAUAGUCCGUGUAUCGACGAGAAAAUUUCGGAGACUACUGUUAUCGAAACGGAUAAGCGUUUGUCUCAACCGGCUUUUAUUGAAUCUGAUCCUCCUCGCGACCUUCGCAAAAUUGACGAUGGGUCUAAUCAAGACAACGUCGAGACGGAAGCUAAGGAAACGAAUUUGCUGGAACCGGAAAUUCUACCUCAAACUAGUGAAAUGGAACCAUUAAGCAAGGGACCAGAAUUCAGUUCAAAGCUUAUUCAUGGUCCAGUUAGUACCAGUACAACUAUUCCAAAACAAUCCAGUUCGGUUGGCAAUGAGAUACCAAAAGUUUUGAAUCAAGAAGAGAAACAGGAACUGACUGAAAACCUCCCAGCUGUGAAAUCCGACAUUGAGUCAGCAACUCAAGAACUCAAGGAAGUUAAUGAUGCACCAGGGCGCUCCAGGCCGUUAACAUCUCACCAACAGCAGUUGAGUUAUCCAGAACAAAUCGAUGUUCCGAUAAAUCAGCAAGUUGAAGUUGUUUAUGUAAACGACCCGUCGAGUUUCUACCUUCAGCUGUUAGAAUCUUGCACCGUCCUUGCACAAUUAGGAACCAAUCUCAACACAGUUUAUUCCGAUGAAUCCAAACCUUCAAUUGUAGAUCCGAAGGUCGGCUCGGCAUGCGUGGUUCAAUACGAAGAAGACAACGGAUGGUAUCGCGGACAAAUUCUGAAAUUCUGUGAUCCUCUGGGAACCACUGUUCUUUUCGUCGAUUAUGGAAACACGCAACUUGUCCCUGUCGAAAAAAUCAAAAGCAUUGACGAAGAAUUCAUAAAGCUACCUCCACUUGCGUAUCACUGCAGGCUGGAUGGGGUAGACGCUUCUCGCGAUUGGACAGCAGAAGAAAAGAAGAAGUUUGAAGGACGUACUAUGGAAAAAAAUUUUUCAGCGACUUUCACUUUUCGAGAUUCCGAAGGCAAAUAUCCUGUGCGAUUGGUGGAAGAAACAAAGAAAGGAAACAUUGCCAUUAACGAGGAAUUCGGAGCGCCAAACUUCACCAACAUCCCACCACCCAGUUCUGGGUAUACAAGUCGCAGUGUUCCUGAUAAACCAAUCAGUGUCUUCGUUAGUUGUUGUGUUGAUCCAUUUCGAUUCUAUCUAAGUCCUAUUGCCGAUGCGUAUCAGAACCAACUGGAGGAACUUGAAAAGUUCUAUUCAUCGCUUUCCCCCAAUGAUUUGCACGAGGAUCAGCCCAGUUUAGGAUUACCUUGCGUUGCUCGUUUCGCCGAAGACGGUCGUUACUAUCGUUCGCAAAUCCUCAGUAUUGUUGAUGAUAUUGCUGACAUUCUUUUUGUUGAUUAUGGAAAUCAACAGAAGACUCCUCUGUCUGAAUUAAAACGAAUAACCCCAUGCUUCAUGGAAUUUCCGCAAAUGACCUGGCAGUGUAAAUUAAAAGGGGUAAAGAAGGCCAGCCCGAUCUGCCCCGAUUUUCAGAAACACAUCGACACAUGCUUUGCAUCUAAUGAGGAGCUUUCUGCUUUGUUUCAUCCUGCAAGUCCAGGCGAGAACAAUGGAGUCUUCGAAGUGGAUUUAACUGUUCCUAAAAUUGGCGAUGCGUCCCAGUAUUUGAUCGAAAAAAAUGUCGUUGAACGUGUUUCGCUGGAAGCAGAUGUGGAAUUGGCUGCCCAGGAUGUGAACUUUUCUCCACAGCAAAUCAUUUCUACCAAUGCUAUCACAUUGUGUUUCAAAUCACCAGCCGAAUUUUGGGUUCAAUUUGAUCCGAUUUCCGUGAAUGAUUUCAUGGCACGCUUAGACAAACUGGCUCUCGAUCCUCAGUUUCUCAACAAAAAGGACUUCAUUCCCUCCGUUGGCAAACCUUGUUUGGCUUUCUACGAGGUCGAUAAACGUUGGUACCGCGCGAAGGUCGAAGCCGUCAAAGAAGACUGUGUCACGAUCUGUUAUGUUGACUACGGAAACAGUUGCGACGUGAAGACCUGCGAUUUGCGUGGAUUACCCAAAGAAUUUGCGCAACAACCGGCCCUGGCUUUUAAAUGUUGCCAGGAUGGCUCCGAAAAUUUUUCAGAAUCCGCUUCGAAGUUAUUUGAAGAAAUCGUCGUGGAUUUGGAAAGCUUUUCUGUCAAGUUCUUGAAGUUGGUCGGUGGAUUUCUAUGUGUGCGACUCUCUCAUGGUGAAAGUGAUCUUGGUGAACUCUGCAGCCUAGUUGAAACUGAACCUUUACCCGAAGAGCCAGUUAUAUCUGGCGCCGUGGUUUCAGCAUCUUCAGGCGCACAAGACAAAGUGUUUGUCGAUGAUCAUGUUGCAAAUCCUUCGGUCGUGGAAUCCCCCAAAGUAUCUAUUAAUCAUGAAGUACCUCAAGAAUUUGGUCCCGUAUCGUCGGUAAAUUCGGUCAUGGUGGACGAAUCCAUUACCAAUCCUGUGGAAGUUGUGAUUGUCUACGCGUCAUCUCCUGGCCAAUUCUGGGUGCAAUUGAAGAAAGACCAAGAGGAAUUAGUAAAAAUGGAAGCCGAAAUAUCUGAAGAUUACAGCAAGAACUCCGACUCAUUAAAAAUCAAAACGAAACCAACAGUCGGCAAGAUUUAUGGAGUUUUACAUCCCUUUUAUGAAAGCUGGUUCCGUGCGCAGAUCAAGGAAGUUUACGAUGAUGAUACUGCUGAUGUCUUUUUUGUGGAUUAUGGGGAUUCUUGCAAGGCUCCGUUUGUGAAUAUCUGCACUUUAGUAAAUCUCUUUGCCGACAUCCCAGUCUUUGCAACUUGCUGCAGUUUGAACAAACCCCUAAUUGACUGGUCGGAAGCUGCUGUUGACAAAUUUGUCACUGAUUGCACUGGAAAGGUUAGUCGAGCUGUCUUUGGAGCUAAAGAAAACGGGCUUCAAUUUGUUGAUUCUCUUCAUGUCGGAGACGAUAACAAAAACAUAUUUGAUUUGUUGGUCGGUCUCUAAAUUUAAUGGAGACCGUUGAAGAAGAAAAGCAAUGUUAUGUUCCAAAAAUUGUUCUGAUUAGUUUUUCGUGUGAUUCAUUAUCACGAGUUAACGUUUUAAUGGUCCUAUUGGAUAUCGGUAAUUACCCGGAAAAUGUUUUUUUUUAAUGUCGUUUUCAAUCCUUUUAAACUCGGAAUUUUUUAUCAAUAAAAGACAUUUCAAUCUAGA